AUGGGACAAUAAUGUUGUAAUCCAAAAAGUGGUUAUAUGCCUGAUCAAAUUCCAAUUAAUAUUUAUUCUCCUGAAUCAAUGGAUAAAGUGCUUUAAAGUUCAAAACAUAUUUUGGAAGAAGUCUGUUAAGAUUUUGAUGAAGAUGAAAACAAAUAAAAUAUAGUUGAAGAUGACCAUUUACCAUCAGAUGCAAUGAAAUUAUAAGAGAUUCCUAAAUUAGAUAAUGAAAAAGCAGAAUCUAUUAGACAAUAACUUGGCCCUAUCAAACUUACUUUUAAUUCUGAGUAUCCCAUUUAUCCACCUGUAUAAAUUGUAAAUUACAAACCAAAUGGAGAUAUUGAUUCAAUAAUCAUCUAUGAAGGUUAAUGGUAUAAAUAUAAACGAAAUGGAGCAGGAACUCAAUACUAUCCUGAUGGUUCAAUUUAUGAAGGUCACUGGUGUCAUAAUAAGCAUGAUGGAUUUGGUAGAAUUAUUUAUGCUGAUGGAGAAUAUUAUAUAGGAGAAUGGCGAUUAGGUUAAACUCAUGGAGAAGGCACCUUGGUUACUAAAUAAUUAACUUAUACUGGAAGAUGGGAAGAUGAUUUAUAAGUAAAUAUAUUAUAUAUUCAGAAUGGCUAAGGUUAUGAAAAGAAAAUCAAUGGAACUAUUUAUGAAGGAUUAUUUAAAAAUGGACGUAAGCAUGGAUCUGGUUUAGUAAAAUAUUCAGAUAAUUCUUAAUAUAAAGGAAAUUUUGUUGAAGACCAUUAUGAGGGUAUUGGAGAAUACAAAUGGAGUGAUGGUAGAACCUAUGGAGGAGAAUGGAAAAACAAUCUUAUGAAUGGAAAAGGAGAAUUGAGAUACCUAAAUGGAGAUAAAUAUAUAGGUAUUAUAAUUAUAUAUUUUUUAGGACAUUUUAAGAAUGAUAAAAAGCAUGGAUUAGGAAAAUUUAUUUAAGCAAAUGGUAGAUCAAUUGAAGGUGAAUGGUUGGAAGGUAAAUUAAAUGGAGAAGUAAAAAUAACGGAACCUAAUGGGGAAUCAUUUUAGGCAAGAUUUAAAAACGAUCAAAUUAUUUGA